UCAUGGAUUGCGACGAUGCUGUGGUCACGUGUUCGGGAGAGUGGCUACGUCGUAACAAGUAAACAAAAAUUAAACCUAUUAGUUAGUGUGGCUAAUUCGGCUUGAAAGUGUGCGUCGGUAUACUUUAAACCAUUUGGAAUCCCCCAGCACGCGUAUUAGUGUAAUAGUUUUUCAUUUAAUGUCCAAACGCGGCAUCGUUUGCUAGCAGGCUAACACUGUCACGUGAUCACAUCUCCCGUCGUCCGGGUCCGUGGAGAGUGAGUGUCCCUUUGCCGUCCUUGCUACCUUGGCGCUCACGCUGGUUAGCAUACGGCUAAACGCUUCUUAAACAUGGUUCAACUGUGCAGAGUUUGCUUCCGUAAAUAUGGAAACUUUGUGGAUAACCUCCGACUGUAUGUCCGCGGAGGUGCUGGCGGCAUGGGCUUGCCCCGCCUCGGUGGCCACGGAGGAAACGGUGGAGAUGUUUGGGUGGUUGCCACAAAGAGCAUGACCCUGAAAGGAAUCAAGGACAAGUACCCUCAAAAUCGCUUUGUAGCCGAGGUGGGAGCCAACAGCAGUGUCCGUUCCUUGAAAGGAGAGAGGGGGAAGAACAUAGAGAUUUUGGUUCCUGUGGGUGUCACAGUCACCACUGACGAUGACAGGAUACUCGGAGAGCUGAAUGCAGAGGGUGAUCGUGUGCGGGUGGCCAGAGGAGGACACGGAGGCUCCUUCUCCUCUACCUUCCUGCCCAGUAAAGGCCAGUCGAGGCAGGUCAGACUGGACCUCAAACUCAUCGCUGACAUGGGCCUGGUGGGGUUCCCAAAUGCGGGGAAGUCGUCUCUGCUGACUGUCUUGUCUAACGCAACGCCUCAGAUCGCCAGCUACCCUUUCACCACGUUGAAGCCCCAGAUUGGUAAAUUAUUGUACGAAGACCACAAGCAGAUCUCUGUAGCGGACCUCCCUGGCCUGAUUGAAGGCGCUCACAUGAACAAAGGGAUGGGACACAAGUUCCUCAAGCAUGUGGAGAGAACCAAGCAGCUGCUGUUUGUGGUGGACGUUUGCGGCUUCCAGCUGGCAAGUCAAACGCCGUUCAGGUCUGCUUUUGAGGCUGUGCAGCUGCUCACCAAGGAGCUCGAGUUGUACAAGGAGGAGCUUGUGAGCAAACCAGCUCUACUGGUGGUCAACAAGAUGGACCUGCCCGAUGCUGACCAUAAACUACAACAGCUGCAAAAGCAAAUCCUCAACCCAGAAGACUUCUGCCAUACGUUGCCCGAAAACAUGACACCGAAAAGUCACAUGGCAUUCAGGCACGUGCUUCCCGUCUCCGCCGCCACCGGGCUCGGCGUGGACCGCUUGAAAGAGUUCAUCCGGGAGUCGCUCGAGGAAGAAGCUUCCGAGGCCACCGAGGCGCUCCGUCAACAAAGACUGCAACUCCUCAGGCACCACUCACAAUAGGCGCACAUCACAAACAUGGACAGCGUGUGAACAUUAGGCAAUGGAAUUCAGCAUGUACUGUACAGAAUUAUGGGAGUUAUAAUUAUUAAGAGUCAUUUUAGAGGUAAUACUCUGUUUUUAAAAAAAAAAAAAAAAAAAGGCUGACCAGUCAAACACUAGGAGAAACUGGGCUAAAGAUUUGGUACACUUGCAGAUCAAAAACAAGGGCUAUAUCAAAACAUUCAGGCUUUGCAAAGAUAGUCCGUAAUUAUGGUUGAAGCUGUCAGAGAGGUAAUAAUGCUGCUUAUGGUUGUAGUUUGUCAUGGUGUACAGCUCUACUUGGAAAAUUUAUUUGGAUGAGAUCUAUUCAAUAUUUCGAAGAUAUUACGAUGUUAUGUUGAUGAGAAUUUUUUUUUCGUUAUUGUAAUUUCCUCUGAGGGAUUGCAAAUUUGUAUAAUAAAAAAAAAAAUUAAAUUCUU